AUGCUGCUAACACUUUCCGCAAAGAAUAAGAUCGGCUUUGUCAAUGGAGAUUAUGAUAAGCUUGCUGAUAACUUGUCUGCUGAGGGUAAAGCUUGGGAGAGGUGCAAUGAUCUAGUAUGUUCCUGGAUCUUAUUCAAUGUUAAUGAGUGCAUUGCUAGUAGUGUCAUGUUUCUGAGGUCAGCUAAGGCAAUUUGGCUAGAUCUUGAAGAGAGGUUUAGCUAUACUUCAUUAGCUCAGAUCUAUGCAUUUGAACAGAAAUUGACUAAUAUUUCUCAAAGAACUCAAUCUGUUUCUAAAUUAUUUACUUCUAUUAAGUCUGUGUGGGAUGCAAUUGAUGAAGCGCAUCCUUUACCUUAUUGCACUUGCAAUAACUAUACCUGCAAUUUGAGGAAGAAAAUUUUUGAACGACACCAGCAGAAAAUGGAGAUUCAAUUUAUGAUGAAACUGUUUGAUAAGUUUGCAACUGUGAGAGGUAAUAUGUUGAUGAUGCCUGCUUUACCUGAAGUCAUAAAGGCUUAUAGGAUGUUUUCUCAGGAGAAGAAGCACAAAGAGAUCUCUCAUAUGAGUAGCAAUUCUGAAUCUAUGGCUUUUUUUGCUGAUAAAAAGAGGUUUUCUAGUUUUGGAGGAAAUACCCCAGGAUAUUUUGGUGGAGGUGCAGCUAGCAUGAACAAGGGUUAUAGGAUUCAAUCUUAUAAAUCUCUGCUCUACCAGUAUCAGCAGAAUACUUUAUCUCAGCCUAAGUCAUUUGGUGGUACUCAGAAAUUUGUCAAGCCUGGUUUGAAGUUUUAUUGCACUCAUUGUGAGAUACCAAGAAAUAGUAUUGACAGGUGCUUGAAGUUGUAUGGUUUUCCUCCUAGCUUCAAAGGUUUCAAGGAAAAAGGAGUGGCUUUAGUUAGUUACAAUGAACAGGAAUAUGAUGUUGUUGAAAAUAACAAUGCUGAUGAUGUCUCUGUGGAAUAG